AAUAACGACAAACGCANUUCAGUGUUAGCUCUUGACUUUUAGCAGGGGUAAACGAAGGCCAGUUUGAAUCGAUAUUUGUGGCCGAUAACAGUUCCGUGAUUUUUGUUACAUAUUGGGCUUUGAAGUAAUGACGCCAUGCAUGUUUCGCUCACGUGACAAGGUGUACUCGAACUCCACGGAAAUAAAGGUCGCUACAUAAACGCCCUAAAUCGAGAACUAUAUGGAAGGACCUGCCCAUGGGCAGAACACACAAGCUCAUACAAAGUGUUUUAAACUUUCUUUACUCUACUUUUAACUGCACUAAAUUCAAUUCUUAACUCAGUUCUACUGAAUUAAAUGUGGCAUAGCUGAUAUGUAGGGUUGUUGGGAUUGGCAACCUUAUCCACACAGACACCAGUUCAAAACAGAUAAAGCGCUUUAGAGAUGUUGUUUCAAAAAUACGCCAGCAAGGUCAAUUGGUCACAUGACGUUGAAGUUGCGAAAUACAUCCUUAAAGUUUACCAUCUCUAUUUAAUUAACCAUUUAUUUGUGAGCCAGGAUAAAAUUUACUCUGACAAAACAGCAAUUCAGUGUUAGCUCUUGACUUUUAGCAGGGGUAAACGAAGGCCAGUUUGAAUCGAUAUUUGUGGCCGAUAACAGUUCCGUGAUUUUUGUUACAUAUUGGGCUUUGAAGUAAUGACGCCAUGCAUGUUUCGCUCACGUGACAAGGUGUACUCGAACUCCACGGAAAUAAAGGUCGCUACAUAAACGCCCUAAAUCGAGAACUAUAUGGAAGGACCUGCCCAUGGGCAGAACACACAAGCUCAUACAAAGUGUUUUAAACUUUCUUUACUCUACUUUUAACUGCACUAAAUUCAAUUCUUAACUCAGUUCUACUGAAUUAAAUGUGGCAUAGCUGAUAUGUAGGGUUGUUGGGAUUGGCAACCUUAUCCACACAGACACCAGUUCAAAACAGAUAAAGCGCUUUAGAGAUGUUGUUUCAAAAAUACGCCAGCAAGGUCAAUUGGUCACAUGACGUUGAAGUUGCGAAAUACAUCCUUAAAGUUUACCAUCUCUAUUUAAUUAACCAUUUAUUUGUGAGCCAGGAUAAAAUUUACUCUGACAAAACAGCAAUUCAGUGUUAGCUCUUGACUUUUAGCAGGGGUAAACGAAGGCCAGUUUGAAUCGAUAUUUGUGGCCGAUAACAGUUCCGUGAUUUUUGUUACAUAUUGGGCUUUGAAGUAAUGACGCCAUGCAUGUUUCGCUCACGUGACAAGGUGUACUCGAACUCCACGGAAAUAAAGGUCGCUACAUAAACGCCCUAAAUCGAGAACUAUAUGGAAGGACCUGCCCAUGGGCAGAACACACAAGCUCAUACAAAGUGUUUUAAACUUUCUUUACUCUACUUUUAACUGCACUAAAUUCAAUUCUUAACUCAGUUCUACUGAAUUAAAUGUGGCAUAGCUGAUAUGUAGGGUUGUUGGGAUUGGCAACCUUAUCCACACAGACACCAGUUCAAAACAGAUAAAGCGCUUUAGAGAUGUUGUUUCAAAAAUACGCCAGCAAGGUCAAUUGGUCACAUGACGUUGAAGUUGCGAAAUACAUCCUUAAAGUUUACCAUCUCUAUUUAAUUAACCAUUUAUUUGUGAGCCAGGAUAAAAUUUACUCUGACAAAACAGCAAUUCAGUGUUAGCUCUUGACUUUUAGCAGGGGUAAACGAAGGCCAGUUUGAAUCGAUAUUUGUGGCCGAUAACAGUUCCGUGAUUUUUGUUACAUAUUGGGCUUUGAAGUAAUGACGCCAUGCAUGUUUCGCUCACGUGACAAGGUGUACUCGAACUCCACGGAAAUAAAGGUCGCUACAUAAACGCCCUAAAUCGAGAACUAUAUGGAAGGACCUGCCCAUGGGCAGAACACACAAGCUCAUACAAAGUGUUUUAAACUUUCUUUACUCUACUUUUAACUGCACUAAAUUCAAUUCUUAACUCAGUUCUACUGAAUUAAAUGUGGCAUAGCUGAUAUGUAGGGUUGUUGGGAUUGGCAACCUUAUCCACACAGACACCAGUUCAAAACAGAUAAAGCGCUUUAGAGAUGUUGUUUCAAAAAUACGCCAGCAAGGUCAAUUGGUCACAUGACGUUGAAGUUGCGAAAUACAUCCUUAAAGUUUACCAUCUCUAUUUAAUUAACCAUUUAUUUGUGAGCCAGGAUAAAAUUUACUCUGACAAAACAGCAAUUCAGUGUUAGCUCUUGACUUUUAGCAGGGGUAAACGAAGGCCAGUUUGAAUCGAUAUUUGUGGCCGAUAACAGUUCCGUGAUUUUUGUUACAUAUUGGGCUUUGAAGUAAUGACGCCAUGCAUGUUUCGCUCACGUGACAAGGUGUACUCGAACUCCACGGAAAUAAAGGUCGCUACAUAAACGCCCUAAAUCGAGAACUAUAUGGAAGGACCUGCCCAUGGGCAGAACACACAAGCUCAUACAAAGUGUUUUAAACUUUCUUUACUCUACUUUUAACUGCACUAAAUUCAAUUCUUAACUCAGUUCUACUGAAUUAAAUGUGGCAUAGCUGAUAUGUAGGGUUGUUGGGAUUGGCAACCUUAUCCACACAGACACCAGUUCAAAACAGAUAAAGCGCUUUAGAGAUGUUGUUUCAAAAAUACGCCAGCAAGGUCAAUUGGUCACAUGACGUUGAAGUUGCGAAAUACAUCCUUAAAGUUUACCAUCUCUAUUUAAUUAACCAUUUAUUUGUGAGCCAGGAUAAAAUUUACUCUGACAAAACAGCAAUUCAGUGUUAGCUCUUGACUUUUAGCAGGGGUAAACGAAGGCCAGUUUGAAUCGAUAUUUGUGGCCGAUAACAGUUCCGUGAUUUUUGUUACAUAUUGGGCUUUGAAGUAAUGACGCCAUGCAUGUUUCGCUCACGUGACAAGGUGUACUCGAACUCCACGGAAAUAAAGGUCGCUACAUAAACGCCCUAAAUCGAGAACUAUAUGGAAGGACCUGCCCAUGGGCAGAACACACAAGCUCAUACAAAGUGUUUUAAACUUUCUUUACUCUACUUUUAACUGCACUAAAUUCAAUUCUUAACUCAGUUCUACUGAAUUAAAUGUGGCAUAGCUGAUAUGUAGGGUUGUUGGGAUUGGCAACCUUAUCCACACAGACACCAGUUCAAAACAGAUAAAGCGCUUUAGAGAUGUUGUUUCAAAAAUACGCCAGCAAGGUCAAUUGGUCACAUGACGUUGAAGUUGCGAAAUACAUCCUUAAAGUUUACCAUCUCUAUUUAAUUAACCAUUUAUUUGUGAGCCAGGAUAAAAUUUACUCUGACAAAACAGCAAUUCAGUGUUAGCUCUUGACUUUUAGCAGGGGUAAACGAAGGCCAGUUUGAAUCGAUAUUUGUGGCCGAUAACAGUUCCGUGAUUUUUGUUACAUAUUGGGCUUUGAAGUAAUGACGCCAUGCAUGUUUCGCUCACGUGACAAGGUGUACUCGAACUCCACGGAAAUAAAGGUCGCUACAUAAACGCCCUAAAUCGAGAACUAUAUGGAAGGACCUGCCCAUGGGCAGAACACACAAGCUCAUACAAAGUGUUUUAAACUUUCUUUACUCUACUUUUAACUGCACUAAAUUCAAUUCUUAACUCAGUUCUACUGAAUUAAAUGUGGCAUAGCUGAUAUGUAGGGUUGUUGGGAUUGGCAACCUUAUCCACACAGACACCAGUUCAAAACAGAUAAAGCGCUUAAGAGAUGUUGUUUCAAAAAUACGCCAGCAAGGUCAAUUGGUCACAUGAAGUUGAAGUUGCGAAACACAUGCUUAAAGUUUACCAUCUCUAUUUAACUUACCAUUCACUCGUAAGCCAGGAUAAAAUUUACUCUGACAAAACACCAAUGUUAGCGCUUAACUUUUAGCAGGGAUAAACGAACGCCAAUUUGAAUUGAUAUUUGUGGCCGACAGCACUUCCGUGUUUUUUGUUACAGAUUGGGUUUUGAAUUACACUGAACAGUCAGACAAACGAGUCGUAAAAAUGGCUAUCCAGGCUAUUUGUCUUUUAACAAUUUGGUUUUUGGCGUCUUCCAACGCUCUACAGCCAUGUGGGGUGAGUCAAUGUAAUGUUGCUCCUGUCAGAGGGGACCUUGCUGUCAUAUUUCAACAGUUGGCUACAGAAAAGGAUGUAAGACUAGUCUACUUCAAUUUAGAAUUCGGGAACGACAGCUUCCAUCCGUUGGAGUCAAAUGAAAGGCUUUUGGCCAAAAGAUGGAUUUGGGCAAAGACAAUACAAGAGCCGAUGUUGCGCAUGACGGACAACGAGUACGACAUCUACUCUUUGGGUCUUUUAACACGUCAGAAGAGGUACAUGAGCGUGCAACUUGAAGAAAAACCACCUAGAUGUCUUGCUCAACUGAACACUUCCUGCCAGGACAAUGUCGUCGCAGAAGCGCUGUUAGGCAAUAUCACGAACUUAAGCCCGGGAAAUCGCUUACCACAGACUGGAUCUGUGUGUACAUAUCGCAAGAAAAACUCCCCAAGUCAGGGGAAAGGUUGGAAAAAUCUUUGCUGCAGCCUGCAGAACAACGCCGAAGGGAAUCAUACGAUUGUUCAGUGUGGGUUUGCCCUUGGAAAUGUCUGGUCUGCCAAACUGUUCCAAGGCGUAUACUAUUUGUUAGUGUUCACACUCUGGAUCUACGCUCCAGGAAUCCCUCUCUUAAUCCCCGAUUGGCUUUUCAACGUUCAGCACGAACGCGACAAAGAAAAAAAAGAACAACCAGCGAGCAAUCUAGUUGGUCCCAGACAAGUAUCACCUAUUGAACACCAAGACAUCGAAAUGACCGACAUCACACAAACAAGUCAGCAAGCACCAGGGCAGUUUAUAGAGGACAUCAUUGAUGUAUACUCAGACAGUUCGGAGGAAACAGACAGUAAAUUGGAAGAAAAUUCCUCUACUCAUCAUAAAUACCAUGAAUUAUCCAAUGAAAUUCCUGUAGAGGACGACAGCCUCAUCAUUAGCGCUCUACUGAGAUACUUUAUAAAGGAACUUCCACAAAUCCAAGUGAAUUUUAACCUUAAGCUAUUCUUUUUUAUUUUUGUUGUGUUUCCUAUUUUCCUAUAUCUCAAGCUUGCAGUUGCCUGCUUUUAUAACUUAGAAUAUUAUCAAGAGGUCAGUCGAAAAAGUCACCAACACUGUGCUGACGAUGGACAAUUUCUUGCUAUUUGUUCAUCCGCACUUUUUGUUGAUUUUGGACGGCAAUGGAAACUAACUGUUUUUGGCACUACCGUGUUAUUUUUUUGUGUUUUGUUGCUUGUAGUUCUUCCAUUUAUCAGACCGAAGGAUUUACUUCCUCCAUUAGGUCCAUUCAUCUUCGAACAGUUAAAGGAACAACGAAAGCGGGUCUUCCAUUUCACUUUUUAUAUGCUACACCGAUACAUGGGUUUAUUAAAAACAAGCUUGAUGAAACUUUCUUUAAGCUGCAGAACAGGCAAAUCGAGAAGAAGACGGGCAUUCCGCUUCAUGUGUGAUUUUCUUUCUAUUUUUCCUAAAUUCCUUAUUGGUGCAACGUUAAGUUUUGCUUCUAUACUGAUUUUUUUAAUCGGCCUGUUCGUAAUAUUUACAAUGUUUUCGCCAUUUACAUCAUUUCUUACUUUCUUCCUUCUUAAAAAGCUUACGAUCAUUUCUAAAUCGAUAUUUAAGGCCAGUGGAAGUCAUUCAAUCCAUUAUUACCUAAUUCCAGCAGUAUUAUCUAUUACAACUUCAGCAAUAUUUAUUACUUCGCUAAUUUUGGUCCUUCAAGCAUCGGUAGCUUUUAUAAUGACUAUUUUCUUCCUUACAAUUGUGGGGUUGGUUUUAAAUUAUGAAUUUGUGUCUCCUUACGUAGUUUUUAUUUCUGUAGUUGCAGCGAAUACAUAUCUAUGUUACUCAAAUUUACUGAGUAGAUAUAGAGAGGUUAAAGGUAUGAUCUCAAAGCACUGGGAAGAAGAGACAAAAGAUUUGUCAUGGAUAAAAUGCCGCAAUAAUGGCACUAUUCCAAAAGAACUAUUCUGGUCUGUCUGUGGCAAUGAGUGGGAUUUUAAAGAGUCUGAAAUGCAAAUUCUUCCCUUGACAACUGAAAUCUUCUUCAUGUUUAGAGACAUGGCUUUAGUUGUAUUUUUCUUAUGCUUGUUUUUCUUCGCUGUAAUAGCUUUUGAAACUAUGGAAGAAAUGUCAGCACUGGUUUCCACCUUCUUUGUGUUUAUUAGUGGAGUAAUUCCAACAUUAAUAUUUAAAAGAUUCACUAGAAAGAAGCAGUUUAGUGGAUGGGAUAAAAUUAAGAUUGACAACAAAAUCAAGGAGGCAGUCCGCAAGUACGCACUCUCGAAAAUGGAAGAAAUACCGUAUCCUUACGAAGCCUCAGAACCACCAACAGCCUGUCUUUAG